AUGGUUGCCAUCCUAGCGGACCGCCUCGAGGUCAAUGACGGGCCCUUGAACUCAGACAACGCAGCUCUUCUUCGCCCUUCCGAUCCCACACUACCCCUGGAGGAGCUCCGGAAGCGAUUCGAAGAAGACGGCUAUCUCUUCCUGAAAGGGAUUCUUCCGCGCAACGAUGUCCUGGAAGCCCGGAACGCAUACUUUACAUCUCUCAAGUCCACCGGUGUUCUCAAGCCCGGUAGCGAGCCAGUUGAGGGCGUUUUUGAUCCAGCCAAGAGCCACGAACAAUAUCCCGGCAUUGGUGCUGGGCAUGCGGAUGGAAAUGGAAGACCAGGUGGUGAACAGGCGGCAGCAUUUGUGGACCUAGCCCUCGAUGCUCACUAUCAGGACUGGUAUGCAGAGAAGUUCUGCAACCACCCCGCUUUGUACGACUUCAUCGCUCGAUUCUCCGGCUGGAACAAAAACACUCUCAGUUAUCGUCGCACGUUACUCAGGAACAAUAUUCCCGGCUCGAAGCCCAUUGGUGUGCAUUAUGACCAGAUCUUCUUGAGACAUGGUGACCCGACCAGUAUCACCGCCUGGUGUCCAAUGGGAGAUAUCAAGUUAAACGGCGGGGGACUUAUCUAUCUUGAAGAUGGUGACAGCAUUGGGCUGGAGCUAGAAGAAGCCUUUUACAAAAAGGCAAAAGAAUCCGGGAUGAGUGAUGAGGAGGCUAAAAAUGCUUUCAAUUCAAAUAUGAUGGCAACGGGCUUGCUGUCGGAAUUUCCGGCUGAAUUUGCUCGAGAUCAUAGCCGACGUUGGUUGGUCUCGGCCUAUGAGGCUGGGGAUGUUGUCUUGCACAAGCCUCAUAUGAUUCAUGCGUCGACCAUAAACCAUGACCCUGAUAAUGUGAUUCGCCUCGCGACUGAUCUUCGAUUUUGUGACUCGUCCAAGCCAAUUGAUAAGCGGUGGAUGAACCACUAUACCUUCAAUGAUGGUGUUUAG